AUGAUCAAUUCUUUUGAAGGAAAUUUUAGACCACGACGAAACAUCAAUCUUGGAGGUCAAAGAAAGCGAGAAGAUUUAGGGUCUCUAAUCAAAAAAACACAAGAAUUACGAAAUGACAGGAAUCUCGAACGUCAGAGACAAAAAUCUGCUACAAAAAUUCAGGCCUUUUAUCGUGGUAGAACUGUUGCUGGAAGGCUUCGUAAUCAAGAACGAGCAUUAUGGGAUCAGCAAGUUGAAAUUAUCUUUAAUCUAGACAAUUCCAUGUACCACGCAGCAAAAACAUUGGUCAACAUGGCUCGUAGCUUUCUUUUCUUCUAUCGUCCUAUUUAUGAUAAUCGUAGAGAAUUUUGUUUGUGUGAAAUUUUAUGGAAGCAUAACCUAAAUUCAGAGAUGAUAUUUAUUCCAUUUUCUUAUGAUGAAUUACGGAAUACGUGGACUUUACAAUUAAAAAAGAUUUUAUUAAUCUUUCUCCAAAGUGUCGGAUCGCAAUCGCAAUCGCAAUCGAUAAUUGAUGAUAAUAAUUAUGCAAUCCAUUAUUUGAAGACAUUAUUAUUGGCUGUAGAUGUGGAAAAACAUGAACGAACAAAACCGACUUACGGUGGCAGAAUAAUUUCUCAAGAAAUUUUUAAAUAUCUUGUCGAACAUGAUCUAUAUUUUGAAUUAAGAAAAUACCUAUUAAGUUUGAACAUUGAUGAUAAAAAUGAUUUAGCCAUUAUUCCAAUUGUAAAUCUUGGGCUCUACUCAUUUCGUAUUUUUAAUCCUAAAGAUGAAAUCUACAAAUUAUCCUUAGAAAAGUUCAUUACGAAUAUUUUUACCAUCCCUUUAUUAUCACAUCGGAUCAACAUAGAAGCUUUAUCCAUAUUUUCAUCUAGAAUGCCAUUACAUGAGCUUAUAGUUAAGUUAUCAGAAAUGAAUGGAAAUAAUUGGAAUUUAGAACAAGGAAGUGUUAUGUUAAGUAAUUUGUUGGUGUUUGCACACCGAACGAUUAAAAAGAUGAACAAAGAUGUGAUGUUGGCAUAUUUGAAAGUUAUUCAAAAUUUAUUGUUAUUAAUUCCAACUCGAUUACUUAUGGAUAAACCGGAAUCAGAUGUUAUUGUAAUAGUUCAAGAAACAACACCAUCGCUUCCUAAAAUUGAUCCAAGAAUUUUAAAAGGAAUUUCUUAUCUCUUUGAUCCUCAGCAUUUAAAUUCCGUAUUUGCAUUUUCAAAAUGCGCCGACUAUACGGCAUUUCUUAAAAUUUCCAACUUUUUGAUCAUUUUGAUAAACCGGUGGUCCUCAAGGAAGGCUGACUUAUUACAUAGUAUAAUAAACGGAACGUUUUCUAUGUCUGAGAACAUUUCAUCAAUUCGUUUAUUAUGGGAAGCAUUCAAAAAAUCUAAUUUAGCAAGGUUAUUGCCAGCCAAUCAAUCUUUACCUAUUAAUUAUUUUACAGAACCCUCAUUUUCAGAGCAAUGGGGAUUAUUUAUUUUACUUUGUGAAUUGUUUUCUCGAGUUUUAGUUACAAUGGGUGAUGAUGAAUUCUUUAAUGAGAAUCAAAACCCUCUUAAGUUAUCAGAAGUAAUUGAGAUGUCUAUUAGUUUGAAGAAUGUUGGAUUUACUUUAUAUUGGAAUAGUCCUUCAUUUAAAAUGGAUAGUACCAUUCAUGGUGGUUGUAUUUCAUUUAUUUAUUUAAGGGAAAUUAUUACUAAAUUAUUACGACAGAUUCACGCAAGAGAUUCUCGUCGUCGAUUUACUGCAACAGAUCAUUGGUUAAUGAUUUCUGAAUCUGAAAUGGUUACUUUCGCAAAAACCGUGGUAGCUGAAGAUUUAGAAUUAGAAAGGAAUCAGGAUGGUGUCAAUAUUGAUAAACGUCAACUAAUUUCUAUUAGUCCGAGACUCGGAAUUCUUUAUAAUAUUCCAUUCGUAAUACCUUUUGAUGAACGAGUAAAAAUUUUCAGAAACUUUGUUCGUAAUGAUAGUGAACGAAUUAAUGAUUUUGGUUUCUUUGAAUCUCGAAGACGAGUAACUAUUCGUCGAAGUAAUAUAUUUGAAGAUGGAUAUGCAAAUCUCAAUUCCGCUGGGAAAGGAUUGAAAAAUUCUGUAGCCAUUCAAUUUAUUGAUGAAUUUGGAAUCCCAGAGGCCGGCAUUGACGGUGGAGGAUUAUUUAAGGAAUUUUUGACUUCUUUGACGCGUAUAGCUUUUGAUACAAAUUAUGGAUUAUUCCUUAAUACAAAUAAACAACUUUUAUAUCCGAACCCACAAGAAUAUGCACAACAAGAAAUACAAUUAGGUUAUUACGAGUUUAUGGGUCGCAUAUUAGGCAAGGCCUUAUAUGAAGGAAUUUUAAUAGAUGCUGCUUUCGCUGGAUUUUUCCUUACCAAGUGGCUCGGAAGAACGUCUUAUUGUUUAAUUAUUUUGAAAAAUUAUCAAGGAAAUGUUGAAUCAGAUUUUUCAUUAAAUUUUACCGUGGUUGAUAAUGAAUUUGGAGAAUCUCGAACCGUUGAACUUGUACCUGGAGGUAGUGAUAUACCAGUCAAUCAGUAUAACCGUCUUCAAUACAUCUAUCUGGUGGCCAAUUACAGGUUAAAUAUUCAAAUAGAAAAACAAUGCAAGGCAUUUUUCCGUGGUUUAUCUGAUUUAAUAAAUUCAAAAUGGCUAAAAAUGUUUAAUCAGCAAGAAUUACAAAUUCUUGUUGGAGGUGCAUAUAUUCCAAUCGAUCUUGAAGACUUACGACAGAAUACUGUAUAUUCUGAUUAUAAAGAUGAUGAUCCCGUUAUACAAAGUUUUUGGAAAGUUGUGUCAGAAUUUUCUGAAGAAGAAAAGCGAAAUUUAAUAAAAUUCGUUACUUCUUGUUCUCGACCUCCUCUAUUUGGUUUCAAAGAACUUAACCCUAAAUUCAGCAUACGAAGAGCUGGCUCAGGAACUAGAUUACCUUCUUCAAGUACAUGUGUUAAUUUAUUAAAAUUACCAGCGUAUCCAGACGAAAAUACAUUGAGAGAUAUUGAACAAAUUUGGGAAGAAUAUAAACGUCACCAUGACGGUGACUAUUUUACUGAUAACGCAACAGUAGUUUUCAUUCCUACGGCUUCUGGCGCAAGAGGUUAUGACGCUGUUAGACAGUUCCUUGCAAACGCUUACGAUUCUCGCAUACUUAAAAUAAAAGAAAACGUCAUACACAAAACUGUCGGUCAAAACUCUAUUGUCGAAGAAUCGGAUACAAAAAUCAAUUUUGUUAGUGGUGAAGGAAGUUGGCUUGUACCAGGAGUUGAUAGUAGACAUUUAAUUGAUGUCGAUAUUACUUUACCAAUAGUAACUACUGCUAUAUUUGAUGAUAAUAGAAUUUGUUCUAUUCGACUUUAUUGGGAUCAAGCUUCAGCUUUAAAACAACUCAAAUUAAUAUCUGAUAAAAAUACUUGGCCUAUCAUUUCUGAAAGACAGGUAGAUGCAUUGAAAGAUAUUUCUUCCGCCCAACUCAAUCCUUUCGGUCGAGCUGAAUUGGCUGCUGGAGUUUCACGUAUGAAUAUUAAUCACCAACAACAACAACCUCCAGCAGGUCGUCGAAAUGUUCAUACAAGUAGUAGAGUUAAUCAACCUGGUGGUACAGGUGGAAAAUCAUCUAUUUUCGAUGGUUCAGAUGAUACCACUUCUAAUCGUAGUAGUAGAUUUCAUUCAAACAAGAAUCAAUCUCAAUUUAUUAUUGGUGAUCAAGAAACAGGAUUUCAGGAACAACGCUCUCAAAAGAAGAUGAAUCCGAACUCCAAUGCAUCACAAAUUCAAAUGCAAGAUGAUUCUGAAGAAUCAAAUAAACCAGGUCAACGUUCAACUUUCAGGCCUUCAAGUCGUGUCACGAAACCUCCUGGUGGUGGUGGUUCUCAAAUUACCUUUGGUUAA